UGCAGUCAAAGCUCCCAUUUGUUUAUCCCCCAGAGAUAGGGGAAACAUCAAGGAGCUGAGAGAGGGAUAACAUCUCAGGUCUAGGUGAAACUAGGAAAGAGAACCUCAAACAAGUCCCUCAUCUCUCCCUGUCUGGCAGGGAGAGAGAGAAACCCCUGAAGGGAAAUAUGUAGGAGUCUAAGUAUAUUACAGGUUACCAGGGCUUAGAUCUUCCUUAUCAGGUGGUCCAGGAAGAAAGACUUGGUACUGAAACACUGAGAGAUCCAAAGUAAAGAAAAGGAAGAAGAACUUGAAGACAAGAAAAUCAGUCAAGUCAAGGUCAAGACUUUGAACCAGAGGUUGAAGGUGGCGUGAAGAACAGCUUUCACAGAAGACGGAGAAACUGACCUUGGAAACUAAGAAUCCAGUUUUAAAGACUUAAAGAAUUGAAAGUAGCGGGUAAGAGCACUAAAUUUUCAUACGUUGUCCCUACUUCCUUGAUCAUGUGCCGCUGCCCGUCCAUUUACCUGGGCCUCAUCCUAUUUCUCAUAUUGGCCCCUAUGGCAACAACCAAGAAAUGCUACUACUGUGAUGUGACAGUAGCUUAUCACUGUGUGGGUAUCCCUAUGAUUUGCGAAGACGAAGAAGACUGCUAUGUUGGCCGUGGUACAGCUAAGGGUUUCCCAGGCAUUAUUAAAAAAGGUUGUAUACAGGCUGUCUCUUGCACCUGGCCCCAGUCCAUUACCUUCCGGGAUGUAACCUACAAUUUGACCACCUACUGCUGCCAAGAGGAACUAUGCAAUGUCAUCCAGCCUCGUCGGUCCCCAAAUCCACCAGAUGCCGUUACUGCUAUUGCUGUGGCUGCCGGACUUCUCUUGGCUUUUCUUCUCUGUUGGCUGCUGUGAGCUGAAAGAAGGAAAUAGAUCCCUUUCUUAUCCUAUUCCCACUAUCCCACCCCAUUCUAACAAUCUCAUGUGGAUUGAAAUAAAGUCAGCAGAAGCAGAA